UCUGGGAUGCAUCUCCCGUGCUCUGGCGGAAUAGUGGCUGAACUCGUGGAGGACCGAACGCGCGAAUCAAGAGUUGUGUGGCUGCGGCGGUGAGUGGCGGGACAAACACGGGUGGUAAUUUCCUGGGGUGGAGCCACAACAGCAGCAAGGGUCCAUUUCUUCAGGGCGAGCAGAGUUGUGGUUCUCUGGUGGGCUGCUCUUUGCGAUCAUGUCUGUCAGCGAGAUGUUUAUCAACUUGCAGGGGGUGCUGACAGUUGACCAGGAUAUACGUGAGGACAUCAGGAAAGUUGUUCAGACUCUGGAACAGACAGCUCGGGAAAUUCUGACUGUGCUACAGGGAGUCCACCAAGGUUCUGGAUUCCAGGACAUACCAAAGAAGUGUCAGAAGGCUCGUGAACACUUUGGUACAGUAAGAACACAGCUGGCCUCUCUGAAAAUCAAAUUUCCUGCAGAUCAGUAUUACAGAUUUCAUGAACAUUGGAGGUUUGUGCUACAGCGCUUGGUAUUCUUGGCAGCAUUUGUUGUCUACUUGGAGACAGAAACAUUAGUGACUCGGGAAGCUGUUACAGAAAUACUUGGAAUUGAAGCUGAACGAGAAAGAGGUUUCCACCUGGACAUUGAGGAUUACCUCUCUGGAGUGCUGACUCUUGCUAGUGAGCUAUCUAGGCUAGCAGUCAACAGUGUCACCGCUGGAGAUUACUCUCGCCCCCUUCGCAUCUCUGCAUUCAUCAAUGAGCUGGAUUCUGGCUUCCGCCUCCUGAACCUGAAAAAUGACUCCUUGAGGAAGCGCUAUGAUGGCCUCAAGUAUGAUGUUAAGAAGAUUGAGGAGGUGGUUUACGACUUGUCAAUCAGAGGACUCAACAAGGAGGCAACAGAUGGUGCUGGUGGGGAGAAAUAAAUAAGGGCACAUUGAAAUGAAUUAAUGAUUACCUCAGUUUUGCUGCCAAUGAAGGAGCUUUGAGCUCUACAGCAGUAGCCUAGAGGAACCACAACCACAAAACCCACUGUUUUUGCCUACUCAGUGUUCAGUAUGUCCAAAUGAAGGCACUCAGCUCUUCUGUGAACAGCAGUCUAGCAGCUGCAUUUGCAACACAAGUUACCAUGCUGCAAACAAACUUUGUUUUUGAAGUGCAGCAGUAACUGUCUAUUAGCCCUGCACAACUAGGAAUGGGAGUUGUUUAUUGUUGGGCCACAGUAUGUUUUUAAUCUUUCCUUCUCUGGUUGUGCUGAGCUUCAUCUGAAGUUUCGUACAAUGUAUACAGUUUCAUACAAUUUAGUGUGAACAAAGAUGGGGGUACUUGGCUGCAGCUAGUAUAUCAGUAUCUUGAUGAUAUGAUUGGGAAAGUUCAUUUCAACUCAAGCUAGUAGUUGUGUAUUCCUGUAUUAAAGCAAAAAAAGAUAAUCUGUUCAAUAGCCAUAUCACUGGGAAUUUGUUUUCAAAGAAACAUUGUUUUACUGUACUCUGAUACCUUUUAUAUACUUAAGAACUUGAUUUGCUUAGCUAGCAGAGAGUUAUUCCUUGAAUCUUUAACUCUAUAGCUUAUAGGCAUGGCAUUAAACAUACAGCAGACAUUUAAGGAAAGCAAAUACUAAAACGUCUUUUGCAUGUGUUGGCUUUAAGUGCACACUUGUGGAGGCUUGUAGGCACAUGCCAAAGUUGGGUAUUUGUUAAAGGUAUUUGUGAUCCUUUGGAUUCUAGGUUACUUGUUUCAUUUUUCCAUCAUUUUGUAUUGCGUCGUUUUGUAAGACCCUAAGUAGCAGUAAAGAAAGUUACUUGACUAAAUUGUUGCCCUUCUUUUGAUCCCAAAAACACUUACUGGAGGCAAGUUCUUUGAUUUCACUGUGUACAUCGCAGCUUUAGUGGUAUAGUGUCUUAAGUUGUGGAUACAAAGCAAACUGACCUGUCACUUGUAUGUGUUAUCUCUUCCAUGUCAAUGCUCAGUGCCCACCUUUCAAAUCAAACACAUUUCUUCAGUGUACAGUAUCACAUUUCAUGUUGUAUGCUUUGUUGGAUUUCUACCCUAAAAGUUUUCCUUUAAUAAAGGUUACUUCCAAAGAAUAUCUUCAUACUUUACAAAUUAGUGGCUGUAAGUAACUUUGUAAAACUUUUACCUUGUUUUGGUUAUGUAUUUUUUUUAUGUUCACUGGGAAGAAAAUACUUUCAUGGUUAAUGUGGGUAAAUAAAGAAAACCCUGUUCUUUA